AUGACAGCCCCUCAAGUUCCAGCUAACCAGCUGGUGGACCGGAUAUUAGCAACGCAUGUCAAUGAGAGAUUCGUGGAGGUGGCCGAGUCUCUGACCCCUCGACUGAACGAAUGGAUUGAACAUCCUCUCGAAGUCGUAACGUUUGAGCCGGAUCCAUCUAGCUACUUCGGCUGCCGAGUACGUCACAAACAUACCAUCAACGAGCUAGAGUCACUCCAGUGGGGAAGAGGAGAGGAGUUCAUUCUUGAUUUCGGAUCACAUAGAGCGGGUUAUUUCUCGUUUCACCUCUCUGCCGAAGGCCUCAAUGUCGAUGCCCCAGUCCGGCUGAAGCUUACCUUCGGCGAGGUGCCAUACGAUGUGACGGAAGAACUGCACCCUUGUAACACCUGGAUCAGCACCAGCUGGCUUCCGGACGAAGCAAUUAACAUCGACUGGCUACCCAGCGAUGUCGACAUGCCGCGCCGAUACUCUUUCCGCUAUGUACGAGUUCAAGUCAUUGAUACCUCGCCAAAAUUUAAGGUCUUGUUCUCCAGCAUCCGGGUCCGUGCUGUGAGCGCUGUCUCACCCACUCAAGCGGUCGAACCAGCCGAUCUCGACGACGAGCUCUGGACCAGGAUGGACGAAGUCAGCAUGCGCACACUCCGCGACUGCAUGCAAACUGUCCUGGAGGACGGCCCCAGACGGGAUCGUCGUCUGUGGUCGGGCGAUCUCCGCCUCCAGGCCUUGACAAAUUACUGCACUUUCAAAGAUUACUCGCUCGUGAAGCGGUGUCUAUACCUCUUCGCCGCUCUACCUCGAGAAGACGGCUCGCUUCCGGCCUGCUUGUUCGAGAAACCGAAGCUUACCCCAGCAACGGAUUACAUCGUCACUUACGAAGCUCUAUACGGCGUUAUUGUGUACGACUAUGCUUGCGCGUCGAGGGAUCUCGAGACGGCGGAGGACCUCUGGGAGACGGUUCUCAACAGCAUGAAGAUGACCUUGUUCCACGUCAGCCCGGACGGAAAGUUUUCCUCUGAAGGACCAGGGUGGAAAUUUCUCGACUGGGCGGAAGGCCUAGAUACUAACGCGGGGAUGCAUGGCACUACGAUUUUCUGUUGCAAAGCCAUCAACAAGCUUGCAGCGAUGCUCGGUAAAGACGAGCCAUAUACGGACAUCGUCACCAAGAUGACUGACAAAGCCGCGGAUUUCUUCGAUGAGAAACAGCAGGUUUUCGUCAGCGGCGCGGCCAACCAGGUCUCCUGGGCUUCGCAAGCGUGGAUGGCGCUGGCUGGUGCUAUGCCACCGGAGGUCUGCAAACGAGCGUUGCUGAAUGCUAUGGCCUCCGAAACUGCCAUCAAGCCUUUGACUCCAUAUCUCUUUCACUACGUCGCCGAAGCGCUCGCGGUAUCUGGUGCCGAGGAGGAGUGUCUCGACCUGAUGCGAAGCUAUUGGGGCGGAAUGUUGCGGGCGGGUGCGGACACUUUCUGGGAGUGCUUUGACCCUGAGAACCCUCGCGCGAGCCCGUAUGGUGAUUGUCAUAAUAACAGCUAUUGUCAUGCGUGGAGUUGUACGCCUUCGUAUCUGCUUAGGAGCGUGUUGAGGGAUUACCUAAGGGCUGAGAAGUAG